UGAGCCUGGCAGGAGAGGACAGCAGAGGAGGGUCGUGCCCUGGCCCAGCAUAAAAAGCCCUCGGUGGGGACGGGGAGCAGGCGCACCCCAGGAAGGGCCCAGAGCAGCGCUGCCGGAGCCGUGGGAGCAGGGCCAUGGAGCAGUACUUCUCGGCCACCCAGAAGAUGGAGCAGGAGGUGAUGUUCCCCAGCCUGCUCCGAGGGGUCUUCCCAGAGCAGGACGGGGCAGCCCCGGCCACGGGCAGCCGCACAGACCUCUACGAGCGCUACCAGCUCCUCAAGGCCAUCAAGCCCAUGGUGGAGAAAGGCCUGGCCUGUGUCACUGACCAGAGCCCGACCAGCGCCCAUGCUGACACGGAGACGUGCUCGGACCACCACGGUGCCAUGGAUGCCCAGCUGGAGGAGCGCCUGUCCCACCACCUGGCUGGCUUGCAGCAGGUCCUCACCCACCUCACCAGGGACACCAACGCCCUCACCCGGAGGUACAGCCAGAUCCUGGAGCAGAUCACCCCCAGCGAGGGACAGCCCAGCUGGUGACCCUGCCCCGCGCGCCAGGAUGGAUGCUGGUGGCAC